AGUUUACUUUCUUUUGGACGCGAUGGCAGCUUGGAGUAGUUUGCCUGUAGAGAUAUUAGAAAACAUUUUAAAGCACUUGACAGAAAAGGAUGCUUUCCAAUGUCAAUUAACGUGUCGAGAAUGGGAAAAGACAUCUUUAAAAGUAGCAUAUACCUAUGUUCACUUGUUCAACUCACACAAACUUAACUGCUUUAUUCGGACCAUAAAAGAAUCCCCCAAAUUACCUGGUAUUUAUGUCAAGAGAUUACUUUUAAGCAACCGCUUUGGCAAUACAACAAAAAAUUGGGACACGUAUAAUCGAUUUUCAAUGUUAGUUAAGCACUGUCCUAAUGUAGAAGUCGUUAUUUUGAUACCUUCUUGUGUUCCCUUUUAUUCACAAGUCAUGAGAGAGCGUUAUGAAGGCAAUUGGAAGAAGCUCAAUUCUAUCAAUCCACCUACUUCUCCAGAAGAAAUCGAAUAUUAUAACACCACCAUCUUAUCCAUGCAAAAAAAGAUCAAGAGUAUUACCAUUUGCGAUCAAACAGCAUACAGUCCAUUUGAUCUAAAGAAUACAGAAUACAAAAACAUAAUUGAAAAACUAGGCGACUUCUCUCAACUUACAAACUUAAAUAUUAUUCGCCAUACAAACGAAGCAUUGUAUGAAUUUGACCGUAUUAUCGAUAAGUGUCCCACUUUAAAAGAACUCUCAAUGACACUCUAUCCUUUUGAAGAAGCACCUGUAAGCUCCGGUCGUAUGCCCGAUAAAAUUACACCCAACAAGAACAUCACAAAAUUUGUUGUGCGACACCCUAUCCGUUCAGAAAAAACAAUAGAAUACAUUAUGGACAAGUUUCCCGACUUGGAGGUGCUUGAUUUAGAUGGUCAUUUUGAAAAUGCACCUCUACUAGAAAUGAUCAGUUUAGCUCCCGCCAUCAGCAAUGAAUUAUUAGAGCGGUUGACUAAAUAUGCCCAAGAGAGGAGUCUCUGUACUUUAAGACAUUUCUUUGCACAAAAUAUGGGACACGUUGUACGCUAUUUGUCCGGUAUUUUGGCAGAUGGCCAUUUGACUAUUCGAUUUGUGGUUGAAGACUUUAUUGAUGACAUUGCUUACUGCAGUCUUGAUGCAACGAUUGCUAAGCAGAUUAGUUAUAUUAAAUUAGAAUCCAAGAGUUGUAAUCUCACCCUUCCUUUCUUAAAUGUGCUUGAAGAAGGUGGAAGUUUAUUACACGACUUGUUCCUUAUCAAUGAUGGCAAUAUCUAUCCUGAUUCAGCAAGAGGUGACGCUGAUUUCGAGAGCUUAGUUGCAGGUUAUUAUCUCGAUCGCAUCUUUGAAAGCUGCUCUUGUUUAGACACUCUUUGGCUUGAAAAGACCUUACUUAUCUACUGUAGGCCAAAUGCAGGCAAGAGCCAAACUAUAAGAGAGCUGCGCCUAAGAAAGUGUCAUAUAUUUGCUCCUGUCUACUAUCAACUUUCUAUCCGUCUACCAAACCUAAGAACACUUUAUGUAGAAGACCCAGUAUCGGUCAAUCCUGAUGGCAACAAAAAGACAGACAAACGCCUCAACUUCUUUUUCGAUAUGCCCUAUUCUUCUCUUGAUAACUUGACAUUGAAAGCUGAAAAGAAUGCGCCUGAGACCAAUACGUUCUUUCAUGUCAAAGUGAGUACAAUGUCUGGUGACUUUUACUACCGAGGAGACUAUGUCAGAUUGAUGCCUACAACCCAUGCAGAAUACAAAUUGCUUGUAUCGAGUCCUAUGAACUUGACUAUUUGUGUUCGAUGUAAAUCACUUCAGAAAAUUACUAUUCAUGGUUGGGGUUUAUUUAAUACGUAUGAUAUUCCUUGGUUUUAA